CCCCGUGUGUUUCCCGGGAGUUGAAGGAGAAAGCCUGCCUGCAUGCAUGCUUUUGAUGAUGGCAGAAAAUCCUCCACCACUGGAUAAAACUCCACUUCUCAAAGUUGACAUGUCUCUUCUACCUCCCCUGCUGAAUGGGGAUGGAACACAGGUUAUUUUAGUUCAAGUCAACCCAGGUGAGACAUUUACCAUCAGAAGAGAGGAUGGCCAGCUUCAGUGUAUUACAGGUCCUGCUCAGGUUCCAAUGGUGUCACCAAAUGGUUCAGUGCCUCCUAUUUAUGUGCCUCCUGGAUACGUAUCACAGGUUAUUGAAGAAAAUGGUGUACGAAGAGUAGUGGUGUUACCUCAGCAGCCAGAAUUUCACCCUGGCAGCCACCCACCAAUGCAUCCUCAUCCUUACAUGCCUGCAUUUCUUCACCCACCCGUCCUUCCGCAUCCACAGCAUCAAAUGUAUCCUGCAGGAACAGGGGACAUUGCAAUGCAGUAUGUUCCACAGCAUCAUUCUCCACAUGGGUAUGCUGAUCAAGAAUCUCAUUCUCUUGGGAGGUCCAAUUUUAUCCACAGGGAUGAAAGGACUAACAAAGCAUAUGAGCGCUUACAGAAAAAACUGAAAGACAGGCAAACUAAUGGACCAAAAGAUAAAAUGAACAGCCCACCAUCCUCUCCACAAAAUUGUAUUUCCACGUCUCCCAAUGAUCAGGAAAAUGGACAAAUUAUGAAGGUUAAAGAAAUGGAUGACACUUCUCAAAUAGACUCAGAAAUGCUUGAUGAAGGGAUAGACAUACAAGGUCUUCAAUCAAGUCUUUCCGCUGUUGGCAUACCUGUGGUUUCCGACAUCCAGACAAGAACAGCUGUGCUCACUUGGUCUUCUCCUUCAAAUACAGUUAGUGAUGAAGCUGACACAGAUGAUUUAAUGAAGACCUGCACCUAUGAAAUUACGAUUUCAAAUAAUGUGAAAGAUGGAAAGUUCAAAACUGCCUAUAUAGGAAAAGAAACGAGCACCACUUUGAAGGACCUAAAACCAGCAACAGACUACCAUGCCAGAGUACAAGCAAUGUGCAACUUAGUAAAGGGAAAUCUCUCAGAGACUGUGAGUUUCACAACACUGUGCAGUGCGCCGGAUACACCAACUCCACCCAGAAUAACGAACCGGACAAAACAUUCUCUCAGUCUACAGUGGAAGACCACAUGUGACAAUGGUUCCAAAGUCAACAGCUACCUUCUGGAAUGGGAUGAGGGGAAAGGAAGCAAUGAUUUCUGCCAGUGUUAUUUGGGACCACAGAAGCAAUUCAGAGUUACCAAAUUAUCACCAGCCAUGGGAUACAGAUUUAGGUUAACAGCCAAAAAUGACCUUGGUGAGAGUGGUUUCAGCAAAGAAAUUAUUUUCUACACAACUGGUAGCGCUCCUCCAACUCCAGCAAGUCCGCAACUUAUUAAAGCUGGAGUAACCUGGCUAUCUGUGCAGUGGAGUAAACCCUCAGGAACACUCUCAGAUGAGGGUAUUGGUUAUAUUUUAGAAAUGGAAGAUGAAACCUCAGGAUAUGGGUUCAAGCCAAAAUAUGAUGGAGAUGAAGUUUUAUGUACAAUAAAAAAUCUUAGAAGAAGCAGUACAUAUAAAUUCAGGGUAAUUGCUUACAAUUUGGAAGGGAAGAGUAAUCCCAGUGAAGGUGUUGAAUUUACAACUUGUGCAGAUAAGCCUGGAGCACCAACCAAACCUUCUGUGAAGGGAAAAAUUCACGCUCAUAGUUUUAAAAUCAUAUGGGAUCCGCCCAAAGAUAAUGGAGGAUCCGAUAUUACACAGUAUGUUGCUGAGAUGUCGAAUGAUACAAAUGGAGAUAAAUGGGACAUGGUUUACAAUGGAGCUCUCAGAGAACAUGUGUGUGAUCAUCUUAAUCCAGGCUGUACAUAUCAGUUGCGAGUAUACUGCAGCAAUGAAGGAGGCCAGAGUCUGGUCUCUGAAUCAUUAACAGUACAGACUCCAGCAGUUCCUCCUGGACCUUGCCAACCACCACGGCUCCUAGGUAAACUACGAGCAAGGGAAAUACAUUUAAGAUGGGGUUCACCGUUGGUGAAUGGUGGUUCCCACAUUAUAAAUUAUAUCCUAGAAAUGUCAGCAGGAGGUUUGGAUGAUACAAAAGAAGUAUACCAAGGACCUGACAUGGAAUGUACAGUAAAUAACCUGCUUCCAGGAAGGAUGUACAGUUUCCGACUACGGGCUGCAAACAAAGCAGGGUUUGGGCCUUAUUCAGAACAAUGUGAAAUUUGUACUGCAGCAGGAUGUCCAGAUCAAUGCAAACCACCAGAUGUUGUAUGUAAAUCAGCUACCUGUGUGCAUGUCAGCUGGAUUACUCCCGCUGGCAAUGGCGCUGAUGUUACAGAAUACAGGCUGGAAUGGGGAGUGGUGGAAGGCUGCAUGCAAAUCUGUUAUUGUGGACCUGGUCUCAGCUAUGAAAUUAAAGGACUUUUGCCAGCAACUACGUACUUCUCCAGAGUGCAGGCUGUCAAUGUUGCUGGUGCAGGUCUGUUCAGUGAUGUGAGUUUGUGCUUGACUCCAGCAUCUGUACCAGCAGCUGUAACUUUUCUGCAAGUAGUGGAUGAGGAUCAACUUAAUAUUCCACUUGACUCUUCAUCAACUUGCCUUGCACUACACUGGGAAGGGCCUCGUGAUAAUGGUUCUGAAAUAAUAAACUACAGCAUAGACUAUGGUGACAAAGUGCCAAUAUUGGUAGACAAAUCCAACAGCUAUAUCAUACAGGAUCUGCAGCCAGAUACAGUAUACAGAAUACGAAUACAGGCUAUAAACAGUAUUGGACCCGGUACUUUUAGCCAUUCUAUAAAGGCAAAAACAAAGCCUCUCCCUCCAGAGCCACCUCGACUAGAAUGCGUUGCCUUUAGUCACCAAACUUUGAAGCUCAAAUGGGGAGAGGGUACAGCAAAGGCCUUAGCAUCUGAUGUCAUGCAAUAUGUUCUACAAAUGGAUGACAAGAGUGGGAGGUAUAUAACAUUAUACAGAGGACCAUGCCACACAUAUAAAGUUCAGAGACUCAGUGAGUCAACAUCCUACAGAAUUCGAAUUCAGGCAUGUAAUGAAGCAGGUGAAGGACCCUUCUCUGAAGCUUACACUCUCACCACGACCAGAUCUCCCCCCACUCCUCUUAAAGCUCCACGAUUAGAGCGGCUGGAUGAGAACACGUGUGAGCUCACGUGGGAAGCUUUGCCAGCAAUGAAGGGGGAUCCGAUUGUUUACAGUCUUCAGGCCAUGACCAGUAAAGACUCUGAAUUCAAACAGAUUUAUAAAGGUCCAAAAACAACAUUCCAGGUAUCAAACCUCCAGUCAAAUUGUGAAUAUCGGUUUCGAGUGAGUGCCAUUCGCCAAUGCCAAGACCCUCCAGAACCUCAUGAUCUGAUGGGUCCUUACAGUGCUACUGUCAUAUUAUAUUCUCAGAGGAAUGAAACACCAACCAGCGACCACAAAGAUAAUGUGGAUGUCACAAAGAAAACACAGACACUAAGUGACGAGCAGUGUGCUGCCCUCAUUCUUGUAUUGUUUGCUGCGGUUUCUAUUUUGAUUGCGUUUGUUGUUCAAUAUUUUGUCAUCAAGUGAAUAGCUGUAGUUUGUAUCCAUGUCUGCCAUGUGUUACUUGUGUUGUAAUAUCAAAUUAUUGUGGAUGUUGCUUUUAAGAGAAUGGUGGUAUCAGAUCAUGGAUAGAGCCUCUUUACCACCAUCUCUGUUGCUGUUAUUGCCCAUAAAUGAUUGUUAGAAAAAAGCUGGCAAUAUGGAGACAACAUUCAAAUAGAGAGUUGUUGAUAGCACCAAAACUCUCAUACCAGAAUAUCUAGGUGAAUGCAGAUAGUAUCUCUUAUCAAACGACCCUCUGAAGCAGCUUUUUCCAGAUAACAGUCCAGUUGUAGAGCUAUACUUUUGUGUGAAAAUUCAAAUCAAUGCACUUUAUUGCAGUCCAGUCAAUAUACUGCAAUAAUGAAAAUCGUAUUACAUUCAGCCUAGCAAACUAGGCAAAUGUGUAAAUCGUGCAACAAUACUGAACCCAAACUGUGAAACUUUAAACCAUUAAUAAUUGUUCAAUUCCUACCUCUUCCAAAAGAUUGCCUGAUUGAGGUGAUCAGAUUGAAGAGGACGAUUUUGGAUUAGAUUGCCUGUGAGUGAUUGAGAUAAUAAUUGUGUGGAUAAAGCUGUCCAAAAUGUGCUAAAGUUUAGAUUUUUAACUGCCAGUGUCUGAGAUCCAAUUGCACUACUUAGUAAAGUAAAAUGAUCAUAGUUUUGAGAAUUGGCACAGUUAAUGUACUAUGUUCAAUAUUUUACAUACAUUAUAAUGGGUCCAUUUAUAUCUGACAUUUUUGAAUUUGGCAGUAUUCCUUCCUUUAAAAUUCUCACUAUUGAAUACCAUUACUGCUAAGAAUUCUUUAACCUAAGGGCAUAUUAAGCAGUUGUUACUAUAGUCUAAAUAAGGCAGAAGCCUAAUGCACAAAUCAUUGACACUUUAUUUAAGAACAGCGAAGAGCACCAAACAUCUCAAAAGCAACGUGCGUACGUUUUGUGUUGUUGCAAGUCUCAAAAGCAAAUAGUGACUUGAUUUAUAUAUUAAAAAUUGCAUGCUAGUAAUGUCGCAAUGCAGUAAUUGUAAUUGUUGUGAAUCAUUGUAGCUGCAGAUCAUUUGAUCGAGAAUGACCCAUUUAUUUGUGUUUUAUUACAUUUUCAGCACCUUAAUUGCAAUGUAUCACUGUGUAGUUGUUGAUGAAGAACUGGCUAUGUUGGAAUAUCUGCAAAAGCAAAUCAAAAGAUUUUGUCUUUUGUUCUCUGUUGUGUACAAGUCACUUUCUUUAGCAAGCUUAGUUUUGUUGGCAUAGUGCAAUUCAUUCUAGUGUUUUUGUUGGUUAGUGUCUUUGUUUUAUUUAUUAUAAUUAAAUUCAUAAAAAUAUACUGAAUUACUUACUAAGACUUUAAAUUGUUCGCAGUGCCAUUUAUGCUAUUGAAAAUCAGUUUGUUUUAUGUGCCACCCUGUUGGGAGGAUUGAUGUUAACAUUGAUACAAAGGUGACUUCUCUGCAUUGUGAAAUAUGUUUACGUUUCCCUUAUAAUUUAAGAUAAAUGAUUUGUUAUAUUUCAACGUUGGAAAGCAUCACUGAAAGAAAGUGUACAUUGUACCUCAAGCUGAAUGAUUUCAAAUGCAGUGCUUUGUAAAUGAUUUUUUCUUACCUGCUGAAAUCUUUAUUAAAAAAACAAAAAUGGCAGCCAGAAAAAAAUUGUGCGUACGUUAAAAUUAUAUCAAAAUAUUCAGUAGAGAGGUAGUAUCUUUAUUUCUAGGCUUAACUUGGCUGUAAUUUAAUCUUGUCAGAAAUAAAAUGUAAGGAACAUACACCCCUUUUAAGAACUACAGCCUUAAUUCAGUUUUUUGUAGUUUGCUUAUUAUCGUUUGCGGCAGUUUGUUAUAUGAGCAUAGAGAAAAGCGGUAGCUAAUUUCUAUUGUGCCACUGCUAUUUUUUUUAAAAUGUACUUAUAAUACCUAAGAUUUUAUCACCAGGUUGGAUUAUAUAAAGGAGAAUGUGUGGAAAUUUAAUUUAUGAUGGCCAAAAUUCCAUUGCCAAUAUAGGCUGAAUUUUAAAAUUGUUUCCUGAAUUUGUUGUUGUGAGGAAGCUGAAAAAAGUUUAUUUUGAACGUCAAAUUCAAAUCAUUCCUAUUUUUGAUAGUUAUACAAUCAGUCAUUUAUAAGCAUAGUUGUAUUUUCCAUAAUCUCUCAUUGCAGUUUUCUGUACUGAGAGCUGAUGGUUUUUAAAUGUAACUAAUCUUCACAGUUACCUCAUUUAUUGUAUAUUCCAAAAAACUAUGGAAACUUUUUGAACAGUUAUAAAUAUAUCACUUGAAAAUUCUUGUACUAUGUCAGAAUUAGUACUGAUAAUAUAAAGCUGCCAUAACAUGUAUAAACUAUUCAAUAUGCAUCUAAAUCCAACUGUAACUCUGUUAGUAAUACAUCAAACAAAUACAUGCACAAUAAACAAUGAAUGAUUCUUUG